GUUAAAUUAAUAUAAAAACUGUUCAUAUUGAAUACAAAUUAUAAGCAAAAUGAAUCAGCAAUCGUUGAAAGUGCAGCCUAGCGAGUUGACGGUGCUCCAUGCAUCCGGCAAAGUGGGAAUGCCCACGGAGGAGAACUGCUUUAAUCAACUGUCCCAUGUGCAUCGUCUUCGCGACUCGGAGGCCAACUACAAUGAGCACCAGUAUUCCCUCAAUAUGCAGAUGCUACGUAAUCGCGAGGGUCUGGGUAUUCCCUUGAAGAUGGGUAUGGAACGUCACUCCGCUCGCCAGGUGGGACGUCUGCCCUUCUUGCCCUCCAGCAACUUCAUGGAUGAUGUGCUGACUGGACGCAAUGAAAGUAUCAACUUUGAGGACUUUUUGGGUCUGCCAGAAUACAACGAGCACAUGCGUCAGCCACACGCCGUGGUGGAGAAAUCUCUCGGCAUCUACUAAAUCCACGUACUCUUAAAAACGCUUAGCGUCUAGUAAACAUUCAAAACGAUAUAAUUCAGAAAAUAAAUUAAAUAAGUGGUCCCCGGGCUAACAGAUGAAAGAACGUGCGAUUCCCUUAA